AUGACUGCAAAUGAUUUUGGCUUCAGGCUGGGGUACAUCCAUCGGGACGUUAAGCCUUCGAAUUGGCUCGUGAGCUCCACGCCUGACAGUUCGGAAGGUCCACCACCAAAGCUGGAGUGUUUGCUAAUCGACUUUGUCCUAGCCAAGCGAGUCGAUGCUACUCACACUGCAGAGGAGGACAAAACACUUUACGCUGCGGAUGACCAACCGCCCCGUAAGGGUAUUUGA